UUCAAGACGACAUGGAGAACAAAUACAGAUACCGGAUGCAUGAUUUAGUGCACGACCUCGCACAGUCUGUAGCAAGAGAAGAAGUUGCUGCUAUAGUUGGAAAAGAGUCAACAGGGUUCCCGGAAGGUUGUCGCUAUGCAUCAAUACACAGUAGUUUCAUGCCACAGAUUCCAACCACAGUAGCGCAGAGGUUGCGUGCUCUUCAAUUUAGGAAAUCUGGUGCACUUAUUAUGGCUUUUUAUAGCGAGGCAAAAUGCUUACGCCUGUUGGAUUUACAUGGUUCCCAAAUAUCUAUGCUGCCAAGCUCAAUCGGUAAGUUGAAGCUCUUAAGAUACCUCAACCUUUCAUCGACAAAUAUACAAGAACUGCCUGAAUCAAUUACCAGCCUCUGCAACUUGCAAACCUUGAAUCUUUCAGGCUGCCACGAGAUCCGUACAUUACCCAAAUUUCUAGGAAGGCUUACGAAUUUGCGGAUUUUAGAUUUAGGAUAUUGCCAAUUUCAGACAAUACCAGACUCCAUUAGCAACCUUCAGAAUUUGUACGCACUAAAUUUGAGUUGGUGCUACAAGGUGAGAUUACUUGAACCUAUAUGUCACCUCAAAAACCUGCAUUACCUAGACCUAUCAAAUUUAAAAUCUUUGGUGGCAUUACCUGAAUCCAUUGGGAGCCUUCAAAACUUGUGUAUUCUAAAUCUUUCUGGGUGCAGUUCUCUAAUAUCAUUACCGUCAUCGUUAUAUGAUCUUCAGCAUUUAGAGGAACUAGACAUUAGUGGCUGUGGAGAAUUAUGUGAGCUGCCUAAAAUGAUCCAAAAGCUGACCAAACUAAAAGAAUUGUUAAACAACAAUUGCUCGGAAUUGAAGGGCAUGCCCCGAGGGAUCGGCAAGUUACUUAGCUUGCAGGAAUUGUCCGUUUUUGUCGUCGGCAAGCAAGACCGCGUUGAACAUUGUGCUAGCAUCUCUGAGCUAGAGCACCUUAAGCUUGUCGGCGAGCUGGAGAUCAAGGGUCUUGAAAAUGUAACGAGUCCGGUUGAUGCCAAGGCUGCAAAUUUGAUAGAGAAGAACCUGCGGUCUUUGAAGUUGGAAUGGAAUGUUUUAAGUGCGGAAGAAGGCAUGGAUACUGUACUACCGGCGGAAGAGAUAGAUACCGUGCUAGAAAAUCUUCAACCACAUCAAAAGCUAGAGAAUUUGGAAAUAGAAGGCUACGGAGGCAGGAAGUUUCCUAGCUGGAUGAUGAAUAGGAUUGGCUCGUACCUCCCAAAUCUCGUUAAAAUCAGACUUGAGAAUGUGCCCGGAUGCAGCUCACUCCCGCCGCUGGGGCAACUUCCUUUUGUUGAAGACCUAAUUAUACAAAAUAUGCCUGCAAUAACAAAUUUGGGUGUAGAUAAGUUCCCUGCGCUGACGAGACUUUUGUUGGGCUGCAUGCCUGGGCUGCGAGAAUGGGUGACGGUAUUGACGGUGGAUGACGAAGAAGGCAGGCGAGAGCGAGUUCCCAUUUUUUCGUGUCUCACUAACUUGUUGCUUAAAGAAUGUCCUCAAUUGAGACCGGAGCCUUGCCUCCCGCCAUCGGUUGAAUAUCUGACCAUUUCCCGAACAAGCAGCGAGAAUCUAUCUUUAAUUCUCGAACGUGCGACGCCACUUGAUGGCGGUGAUGCCGCUGUUUCACUCCAACCGCGACCAAAUAAGGGGCUGCAGAGUCUAGCAAUAGUAGGAUGUCAGCAGCUAACUUGUUUGCCCGAGAGCUUGCGAAGUCUCACGUCCCUCCACAUCCUGAGAAUACAGAAUUGCGAAGAUCUUGAGAGAAUUGAAGAUUGGCUUGGGGAGCUCUCCGACCUGCAGUCCUUGUUCAUCUAUUGGUGCAGCAGUCUCCGUUACUUGCCUGCCCACAAGAUGACCGCACUAAAGGAGUUAACUAUUUUUUGUUGCCCAUUAUUGUUCAAUGCAGCCGGACAAUUUGUCGACACCACUGUCGAUCACAUCAAAUAUGUCUCUGUUAAUGGAAGGAACUACCCAUAUGAGGAAGAAGGGAGCAGCUCGCCAGAGGAGGAGGAGAAGAAGAGUUGGACGAGUUGUUGGAGCAGAUCGAAUUGGCUAGCGAGGAGAGCAUAAGUAUAUGUACUUAUUAUUUGGAGGUUGGUGCUAUUUAGCGUGCCGGACAAGAAUCGUAGUGUGCUGUUGUCGGUUAUAUAAUAUAUAUUUGUGUUUUCGUGAUAUAAAUUUAGUUUCUGAAUGUACUAUUUUAUAAUUUGGAUUGAUUGUUUGUAAUUUUAACAUGUUAUGGGCUUGAAAAAGAUUGUUUGGUUUGAAUAAACAAAAU